CCCACAUUUGACAAAGCGAAAGCUUAGUUGGCUGGCCAUUAAUAUAGUUCCACUGACUGCCUGGGCUCCGUUUUGGCCCUGUUGACGUUUAAAAAAGAAUUAUCUGAAUUUUCUUUAAAAACUUUCACAAUGCCAACAAUUAAACUGCAAAGUUCAGAUGGGGAGAUCUUUGAGGUGGAUGUGGAAAUAGCAAAGCAGUCUGUGACAAUAAAGACAAUGCUGGAAGAUUUGGGUAUGGAUGAUGAAGGAGAUGAUGAUCCAGUCCCCCUCCCGAAUGUGAAUGCUGCUAUCCUCAAGAAGGUGAUCCAGUGGUGCACCCAUCAUAAAGAUGAUCCCCCUCCCCCUGAGGAUGACGAGAACAAGGAGAAAAGGACGGAUGACAUACCCGUCUGGGACCAGGAGUUCCUCAAAGUGGACCAAGGAACCCUCUUCGAACUUAUUCUAGCCGCAAACUAUUUAGACAUCAAAGGACUGCUAGAUGUCACCUGCAAGACGGUGGCCAACAUGAUCAAAGGAAAGACCCCAGAGGAGAUCAGGAAGACGUUCAACAUCAAAAAUGACUUCACAGAGGAAGAGGAAGCCCAGGUACGCAAGGAGAACCAGUGGUGUGAAGAGAAAUAGUGGAGGAUGCUGCCAACACUAACACACUGAAAGGAUUGUUCCAGUAAUUGGUUGCACUGCGUUGUUCAUACUUGUUAAUAUUACAUUUAGUCUAUUAGAGUGACAGAUCUCCCCCCGUGUACUCAUAGCAUGACCAUUUCCAUUGCUUGUAUGGUGUGAAAUAAUAAAAAUAGUAGCUAUUUCA